AUGGCGCAUCCAUCCCCCGAUGCCUCGACAACUGUAGUGGUCGUGGGCGCUGGUCCCUCCGGGCUGAUGCUGGCAUGCAACCUAGUCCGCUACGGAAUUCCCGUCGUGAUCCUAGAUGACCGACUUGACAAGACAUCGACCGGCAAGGCGGAUGGCAUGCAGCCCAAGACCAUUGAGACCUUCAAGCAGCUCCGGCUCGCAGAUUCACUACUUCGCAACGGUGUCCGCGUGUAUGAUAUCUCGUUCUGGGAAUCCACCGAAAACACCACGUUGCACCGAAAGGGUCGACAGAUACACUACCCAGAUCAUCUUGUGGGAGCCGCAGAUCCCUAUAUCCUUCUGGCGCAUCAAGGGAUGAUAGAAGGAGUGCUCAUUGAGGAUAUUGAAGCACGCGGAGUGCGGGUUACUCGCAACAGCCGCUUUAUAGCUUGGGUCAUUGACACCGACUUUCCGGACCUCUGGAGCAAAGUGGCUGUUCGCUCUCAUUCAGUGGGCUCUAUUCUGUGGAUCCCUCGGGAGCGCAAUAUGACACGAUUGUAUGUUGAAUUGAGCUCCACUGAAGGAGAACGAGUAGACAAGACCAAAGCAACGCCGGAAUAUGUUAUGGCGCUGGCCAGGAAGGCCAUGGCGCCGUUCAAGCUGGAGUGGAAGUCAAUCGAAUGGUUCGGGAACUACGUGGUGGGCCAACGAGUUGCGAGUCACUUUAACGACGACGAUAUGCAAAUUUUCAUUGCUGGCGAUGCUGGACACUGCCACUCCGCGCUGGCCGCCCAAGGAGCCAACACUAGUAUGCACGACAGCUUCAAUCUCGCUUGGAAGCUUAAUCUGGUCUGUCGAGGACUGGCCAAAAGGUCCCUGCUAGCCACAUAUGAAGAAGAGCGCCGUAAAGUUGCCAUGGAUCUUAUCCGCUUCGAUGCAGAACACUGCAACGCCUUUGAGCAAGGCGAGGUCGCGCUGGCCAAGAAUUUCGAUGACAACAUUCGCUUCAUCUCGGGAGUUGGCGCAGAGUACUCAAGCGGCCUGUUAACAAAGAUUCAGUCUGAUCUAGUCACUGGAGGAGCGCUUCGCCCUGGAGCGCUGCUGGCACCCGCAAAAGUGACUCGAUAUAUCGAUGCGAAUCCGGUCGAUAUCCAGCUGGAUAUUCCGAUGUUGGGGCAAUUUCGAAUCUAUGUAUUGGUUCCAGAUAUACUAUCCAUGAAGAACUUCCUUGAUGCAUUUUGUGCCAGGUUGAAGAACCCCAAGUCGAUAUUGGGUCGGGAGUCCGCUCUCGCACAGCAGUCGUAUAACGAGACACCGCGAGGGAAGGCAGCGUCUGAUGAAUACGUUCAGCCACAAAGAUAUACAACUGUUUCCCACCUCUUUACACUGUCUCUUGUCACCAAGUCAUCGAAAUCUGACUUUGAGCUCAGUGAUCUGCCGGACAUCCUUCAACAGAGCCGAUGGACCUUAUACCUGGACAAUGCGGAUGAGAAGUCCUGUACGGACAAAUGGGUGGGAAAGUUGAAUAGUAACGAAGCUGCCAUCAUCAAUGUCCGACCGGACGGAUACGUGGGAUCUCUGAGUUUAUGGACGGAGAAGGAAGGGGACAAAGCUGCUGACUGGGUGGAGGAGUACUAUGCAUCGUUUCUGACAUAG